AUGUUUGUACCAAGAGCUCUGAGACUCAAGGGCGUUCGCGAGACUAAGCCAAAGCCUUCGAAACCUCCACCAGAGGUCACCCAACGCAGGCAGGAUGAAGCACUCGUCGAUGCUAUGCAAGGGAUAAGUACAAACUCACCUACACCACAAGAAGAGCAAAUUGAACCAAAGGCAACCCCUCGUGGCGGGCCUAAAUUUACAGUCAAGGCAGUCACUCCAGAGUACUUGUCGCAACUCGUGGUUGGUAUGGAACUGAUCUUUUCUGAUUAUGCACAUCAAGAAGAGGCACUCCGGGAACACCCAUCCAAGAUCCUCGAGCUCUCGAGCAAUGGCUACCAUAUCCGCCGCAUCCCGUCUUCUUAUCCCCCCAAAUUUCUUCCCCACAACUCAUUCGAGCAGGUCAACGAUGACGGCCUGUCCUUCUGGGACCAGCGAACAAUAUACGUGGAGCCGCACCUACGCGACCUCUGUAAGACUCCAGCUAGAGUCGCGCACUGGCUUCGAGAGCAUGGCCAGCUAAAGCAGAAGUGGCUGCCAAUACAAGCAGUUUACACACUUCACAAUAGUUGUGCAUUCAUCGUCUUGAGCGGUAACAUUACACAUGCAGACGUGUGGUCCAAGUGGAGAGCAGCAGAGAAGCCAGAUAACUGGAAAAUAUUGACAAAGGUUGAGCAUUCGAAGCGUACGGCAGAGUACGUCGCACUACUCGAGAAGCAAAAUCCGAGGAGCAAGGGCAAACAUCAGCUGGAUGAUCCUGUUCUUCCGGCUAUUGCUAAGCCAGCAGUUCUUGCGCUGAACGUGGAGGUCGUCCCAGCUUAUUCAGAAAAUAUUGAGCGACCAAAGAACAAGCGCAAGCGUAACAGAAAGAAGGGCGACAAGACCGAUGCCCAAGUCGGAGAGGUGGAGACAAACAACACGACUGUUGCAGCCGAUGAAGCACAAAACGACGAGCCACGCCCCAAACGCCGGGCUUGA